AAUAAAUGCCGAACCGUUGUGCUCUACUUUUAACGUAUGUGUAAGAACAAGACAUGUAUACCGAACACUGGAUAUAGUUCAAUAUAUAAUAAUUAGAUAUCCGUUUAUAAGAAAAUUAAUAAACUAAGGUUUAACUACCUACGUAUGUCCCAAGAUCUUGGAAUAAAAGCUGGACCUAACUGUAACCAGAGGUGUAACAAUGACACGUAUUGUUUCCAUCAUGGCAAGCGAGGAAAAGCUCUCAUAUUCAACCAAAGCGUAUUUGACGAUCUGCCGAGUAGACAUGGAGCUAAACAUGAUAGAGAAAAAAUGGAAAGCUGCUUCCGAUAUCUGAAUUUUGAUGUGGUAGUUCAUAAAGAAUGUACAGCAGAAGAAAUAUUCUUAUAUCUGGAUCAAGAAGCUGAAAGAGAUCAUGUAGAUGAAGAUUGUUUAGUUUGUAUAUUUAUGAGUCAUGGUUCAGAUGGUCAAAUUAAUGCACGUGACAAUUCUAUUCAAAUCUCAACCAUCAUGGAUUAUUUUAACAGUAAAUCCUGUCCUUCACUUGAAGGCAAGCCAAAAUUAUUGUUUGUAAACGCAUGCCGUGGUGAUAGAUUAGAUACGGGUAUUGAUGUUGUUGAUGCUGCAAGUGUUGAAGAUAUUGUUGAAGCUGUUCAGAUGGUGAUACCUGUAGAGGAAGAUUUUCUGCUUGCUUGCUCUGUUGUUUCAGGUUACGCUUCAGCUAGAGACUUCAGAAAGGGGUCUUGUUUUGUGUCAGCUCUGGGAGAAGUAUUACAAAAACAUGGUAAAUCAAUGGACUUGAUGAAAUUGUUAACAAUAGUCAAUGCUAAAGUGGCUUUAGAAUUUGAAAGAAAAGGAGGAACGAAGCAAAUGCCAUGUGUUUAUAGUACUCUCACUAAAGAUGUAUUUUUAUGAAACAAUCCCGGUGUAUUCACGGAGAUGGGUAAUCGUAUGUGUGUUCACGGUGGAGAGUAAUCGCAUGUGAUCAUGUGUGUUCAGUGAACUUCACGAUGAAGGGUAAUCCACGUGCGAUCAUAAAAAGUAAUCAACAUCAAUACAAUGUGAUACUAACAUUGCUUCGUUGAUAAUUUGUAAACAUGAUUUUCUAGUGCUAUAUACCGAAGAUAACAUCGACCUGCCUAUAUAUUUAAAUUUUGUGUGUGCAGCUUUUAUAUUAGUUAAACGGCUUUGAUGUGGAAAAAGAGCGGUUUUAUAAAACAUUAGCUAUCUUCUAAAAAUGGUCUACAAUUCCCGAGCUUGGGACCAAUCAUCAAAAUAUUUGAGGAAUCGCAAAAGCAAAUAACAACCGCACCGAGUUUGAUGUAGCCCCACCCCCACCCCCAUAGUCACAUAUUAUGUCACACACGUACAGGUGCUGCUACUUUUUUUUGCAAUGCAACAAAAGGUUGUUUUUUGUUAUAUUUAAUAAUUAUUAUUUGUUAAUGUGCAAUUUUAUCAUAGUAAUGG